CCGACAUUAACCGUUAGGUCAGUGCGAAAGAACUGCUCACCAAAGGCACCCGAUAAAAAGGCACCUGCAAAAAUUCCGGAGAAGGAACAAGGUCUACAGCUCGCCAGCACCAAAGCUCAGCCAACCUCGAUUGGCAAGUCCCACCGACCCAGUUCCGGUGUACUACCUCAGGGUCACACCCCGGGACCUGGAUCGGGCGGGCAGCAGAAUAGCAGGAGCUUCGCCGCCGCUCUGAGGAACCUGGCUAAGCAGGCGGGCCCGGCACCUCAGGAAGAGGAACUCCGUGCCAGCUCGAAGAACCGGGCGCCACUGCCCUUGGUCAGAGGUCCUUCCCCUGCUAAGGAGAGAUCAACGCACGAACGAAGACCUGAAGAAAUUCCCUCCUUGUAUAAAACUGCCAGACCCGUUGACGCAGGCGUCAUUUAUCCACUACGUGAAAGCAUUCUGACACUGUUUUACAGGACGUUAUUCAUAAUGCAGAAUACAAAAGAAGUGGCACAGAAAGUAAAAGUGAUAAAAAAGCGUCAAAACAAAUGGAAUUCGGACGAAAUAAAAAUGUUUUUAGAAGUGUACGAGCAGUUUCCUGCUCUGUGGGAUGUUUCCAGUGAAAUAUAUAAAGACCGUAAUAAGAAAGACGAAAGCUAUAACGCAAUGGUUGAAGCGCUAAAAGAAAAUUUUCCGGAUAUCAACGACACGCUUGUAAAGGCUAAAAUUCGCAGUAUAAGAAACGCUUAUACAUUGGAAUUCCAUAAAGUUGAAGCCUCAAAGAGAAGUGGAGCUUCAGCAGAAGACGUAUAUAUACCUUCUGUUACCUGGUACCCUGUUGCUGACCGCUUUCUACGAAAGGUUCUCAAACCUCGGUCAACUAAGUCAAAUUUGGAAUUGACAACACAGAAAGAUGAGACAGAGGAACUGGAAGAUGAUAAUAAUGAUCUAUUAUUAGAAGAAGAGCAGAUUAAUAAAGAACAAGAAGUUACAAGUGCUCAUCAGUCCCGGUCUUCCAAAAAGCUCAGAACGACAGUAAAUGUACAACCAGAUACAUCUGCAAUAAAGCAUACAAAGCAACCACUACAGCCUCCCAUGAAACAAAAUCAAAAAAUGCAAUCUAGCAUGUCUACAAUUCAACAAGCAAUAAAUGCGCUUCAAAAUGUUUCCGAACAGCAUGCUGUGGCAACGCGAACACGUACUACUGACUUAUACGAACAAUUUGGCAGCACUGUUGCAGAAUAUCUUCGUCAAAUGACCACGUCAAACGCGCUACAAUGUCAGAAGCAAAUACUAGAUAUUUUAUUGAACACUUUGAUGAUGCAACAACUUUCAUCUUCUGUACACACUGAUCCAUCUAAGCACAGUCAAAGUUCAUUACUUUUUUCUUCACCACUUUCAAGUUCUACUACUAUGCCAUCUUUGAUUAAUGUACCUGUUAGCUCAUCUACUAUUGUACCCGUUGAGGUCGUAGAAAUUAAGGACAGUGUAGAGAAUACAGAUUCAUCAGAUUUGAACAUGUAAUUUUAAUGACUAUAAAGUGACUGACUUUUAAUUUUUACUUUAUUUUGUAGGUAUUGCAGGCCUUAGAGGUCUCUUUAAAGUAAACUUUUAUUUCAAUCUUAAUAUAAAAAAAAUUUUUUUA